ACUACUUUGAGGUUUUCAGCUGGAGCCACCCACCUCUGCACUUCUCUACCCACUACCAGUAACCAGUAGUCGGCCACGCCAUUCAACCAUUUUCAAGCCUACUCCACCAAAGUGCAAGAAAGGGGGAGGCCCCAUCACCAAAAGCCACUCCUCUCCUCUCAUUGCAGACUGCAGAGCCAAGAACACAUCCAUCUUCUCCUUCUCCCAUUGCUCCAGAUCCCAUCAGAUCCUCACCGAGAUCAUCAGAUCAGAGCAAGAGGAGGUAGCUCGAUGCGCGGGGCGGCGGCGGCGGGGAGGAGAUGAUGAAGCCGCAGCACGGCGGCAUGGCGGGGCAUGGAGGAGGAAGGACGAGGAGCCCCUUCCUGACGUCGUACGCGCUCACGCUCGCCUUCAUCACCUUCGUCUCCGUCCUCUACUUCAAGGACUUCUCCUCCACGCUCCACCAACCCUUCCUCACCCGCCCUCCUCCCCACCGCCGCCAGAUCGCCCGCCCCCGCGCCCCGAGCCACCACCAUGGCGGCGGCAGCAGCUCCGGUGGCGGCGAUGUGGUGCCGCCGUUCGCGGUGGGGGCGGCGGCGGCGGCGGGGUGCGACGUCGGGGUGGGGGAGUGGGUGUACGACGAGGCGGCGCGGCCGUGGUACGAGGAGGAGGAGUGCCCCUACAUCCAGCCGCAGCUGACGUGCCAGGCGCACGGCCGCCCCGACACGGCGUACCAGCACUGGCGGUGGCAGCCGCGCGGCUGCUCGCUCCCCAGCUUUAAUGCAACUCUUAUGUUGGAGAUGCUGCGGGGGAAGCGCAUGAUGUUUGUUGGAGAUUCUCUGAACCGUGGACAGUAUGUGUCAUUGGUGUGCCUCCUACACCGGUCCAUCCCUGAGAGCUCAAAGUCCAUGGAAACUUUUGACUCGCUUACGGUUUUCAGAGCAAAGAACUAUAAUGCCACCAUUGAGUUCUACUGGGCUCCCUUUCUAGCUGAAUCAAAUUCUGAUGAUGCUGUUGUUCACCGUAUUGCGGAUAGAAUUGUAAGGGGGACAGCCCUUGAAAAGCAUGCCAGGUUUUGGAAGGGAGCUGACAUCUUGGUAUUCAACAGCUACCUUUGGUGGAUGACUGGACAAAAGAUGAAAAUUCUGCAAGGUUCUUUUGAAGAUAAGAGUAAGGAUAUUGUAGAAAUGGAAACAGAGGAAGCCUAUGGGAUGGUACUGAAUGCGGUCGUGAGGUGGGUGGAGAACAACAUGAACCCCAGAAAUUCAAGGGUCUUUUUCGUCACAAUGUCACCCACUCAUACCAGGAGCAAAGAUUGGGGUGAUGAUUCGGAUGGAAAUUGCUACAACCAAACUACUCCGAUCAGAGAUUUGUCAUACUGGGGUCCAGGAACUAGCAAGGGCUUGAUGCGCGUCAUUGGAGAAGUGUUCAGCACAUCUAAGGUCCCUGUGGGGAUCGUCAACAUCACCCAGCUUUCCGAGUACCGCAAAGAUGCUCACACUCAGAUAUACAAGAAGCAGUGGAACCCGCUAACCCCGGAGCAGAUCGCGAACCCGAAGAGCUACGCGGAUUGCACGCAUUGGUGCCUCCCAGGUCUCCAGGACACAUGGAAUGAGCUGCUCUACUCCAAGCUGUUCUUUCCUUGAGCAAAAGAACAGUUUCUGAUAUUUGAGUUUGGAGCACUGAUCCCUAUGUCUGAACUCUGAAGAGAAUUUUGCUGAAUGCCACGUCCAAGUUGUGAGUAUAUCAGAUCACCUGGGGAGUUUCUGACCUUCUGGAGGAGAGUCAGUCAGUCUAACAUCAUAUAGGUCCAAACAUUCUGAAGAUUACGAUUGAAUCAUAAAUAUACAAGGAGCACUAGAUGGAAAUAUCAUGGAAAAUGCUGAGCUCGUUGAAAAGCCACAUGCUCAUACUGUACUAAUCACAUGGCUGUUGAUUUUGUUGGACAUGAAUAUCGAGGCGACAAUAUUCUUGCAGUCGCAUGGAGAAUAUUAUGUGGCCUUUCCGAGUUAAUGGAAGCUAAUCACAUGCUGUUGAUUUUGCUGCACAUUCUUUUUUGAGUAAAAUGCACCGGCAGUCCUUAAACU